UUAAACAAAAACAAAACAAUACCAUUUUCGUAUUUUGUUAUUGGCAAAUAAUUUAUCCAAAACCAUAAUCCCUAAUUAAGAAUUAAGGUUUUGAUUUCGCGCAAUAUCAGUCGUAGAAAAGCAUUCCGUCGCCGGAAUCUUCAAAUCGGAGUGUCACCGUCGCCGCGUUCACCCUCUUAAAACCCCAAAAAAACUAAGAUUACAUAACACAAAUGUGGUGGAGAUCGGCCUCUUUCAUCCUCGACAAGCAGCAGGCUGAAGGAGCUUCAAAGGCCCCCGAAACCCUUUCCAUUUCCCCACCCACGCAAUCUUCUAUGGCGGACGCAUUUCAGAACCCUAACCCUAAAAUUUCAGCCUAUUACCAAAGCAGAGCUGCCCACACCGCCGUCGUCACCAGUGAUUGGCUUGCCCAGGCGCAGGCCGCUGUUGGAUUCCAAACCGACGAUCAGAUACCGUCGGAAACUGAUACCAGGGACUCUGAAUCCGGUAAGCCGUUUAGUGUGAUUGAUGAGUUUAAUAACUGGAGGAAACAGCCGGAUUUGGCUGAGGCCGUUGCAGCUAUUCGGGCUUUGGCGGCCGUCAUAAGGUCUAGUCAGGCCACGACUAUGAUGGAGCUCGAAAUUGAGCUGAAAAAGGCUUCAGACUCCCUAAAAUCGUGGGAUACAACUUCGAUAUCAUUGACAGCUGGCUGUGAUUUGUUCAUGCGGUAUGUUACUCGAACCUCGGCUUUAGAAUAUGAGGAUUUCAAGUCUGGUAAAUCUCGCCUGAUUGAACGCGCAGAAAAGUUUGGGGAGAUAUCCUGUAAGGCACGGAGAAUUAUUGCAAUGCUUAGUCAGGAUUUCAUUUUUGAUGGCUGUACAAUUUUGGUCCAUGGUUUCUCUAGAGUCGUGAUGGAAGUUCUGAGGUUGGCUGCACAGAAUAAGAAGCUCUUUAGAGUGUUUUGCACAGAAGGAAGACCGGACAGGACAGGUUUGCGUUUAUCCAACGAGCUAGCCAAACUUGAUGUCCCUGUAAAGCUCCUAAUUGACUCAGCAGUAGCAUAUGCAAUGGAUGAGGUUGAUAUGGUCCUUGUUGGUGCUGAUGGAGUAGUUGAGAGUGGAGGUAUAAUCAAUAUGAUGGGCACAUAUCAAAUUGCAUUAGUGGCACAUAGCAUGAACAAACCGGUGUAUGUGGCUGCUGAGAGUUACAAGUUUGCUCGACUGUACCCAUUGGAUCAAAAAGACAUGGCCCCUGCUCUCCGUCCAAUAGAUUUUGGGGUUCCAAUCCCAUCAAAGGUUGAAGUUGAAAAAUCUGCUCGAGACUAUACUCCUCCUCAAUACCUUACUCUUCUCUUUACAGAUUUGGGUGUUCUCUCUCCAUCUGUGGUGAGUGACGAACUCAUCCAACUAUAUUUAUAGUAAAACUCAAAAUUGUAGUGUUUGAUAUUUUGCACCUUGAAUGUGGGUGCUUUAACUCUAGAAAUUUUUUUGUGUAUUCACUCGUUUUUUCCAAAUGUAGUCUAGUAUUUGGCAUGUGAAUUUUAUGCACGUCUGCUCAUACAUGAGAACUGAACAUAUAUGCUUUCUAAAAUAAAAAGAAAAAUAGUUCAAAUUA